AUGCAAAAUGGACGAUAUCGGCAGUCUUCUGAAACAGGCGAGCUUGGUGGCAAUUCUCGCACAAGUCUUGAGUUCUUCAGCAACAAAUUGGCUCAGAUAUGUGAUAACCAACCGUUCGGGUCCACAAUCACAGCACUCGCCAUCAUCCAAAAGCCCGACAAGAUUCAGUACAUCAUUACAUCCAACCAGCGAAGCCCUGAAGAUGCUCAGUCUGCAGUGAUAACCAUCCGAAAGCUUCUUGACAAGAUGGCUCUACAGACACGCGCCGACCGAGUUACUCUCUAUGAAUCGAGACUUAACCAACGACUGGAUCAAUGCAUUGAAGAGUUGAAGACUAGGUCCUUGGAUGCGGGUAUGUUUUCCAUUAAUCAGGCUAACGGCGUCUGCGUUAUUCAACUGAGGUACUCAGCUAAUCUUCGAAAAGCUGUUUCUCCAGGGAAACCUCUCCUUGAUGAGCUAGAGCAUUUCCAGGUUUUGAUCAAGCCCGAGGUCUCUUUGGAUGACAGCGAAGAGUCCGCUUGCCAUUUCGAACAUCUAAUUUUAACCGUAAAGGCCUUCCGCAAAAGUCCGAUGUACGAAUCGGUCGUUGAAAGAGCCAGGGAAGGACGCUUCGACGAGUCUGAGCGCUGGUGUGAGCUACAGCACUUCAUCGGACGACUUUCUUCGUAUCAUGGUGCUGUUCGGGCCAUCGUCUCCGGCCGUAGACGGCUUCACCCAGACUUGUUCGAAAACUUCGAAAUAAUUUGGCUGCCGUCAAGUAUACCCAUGAACAACCCGAUGGACACCCUCCAAAGCCAUAUGCGUGUGAAUACGCAGAAAAAAAGGCGUUCAGCAGACAACAUUAUUCGGAGAUUGAUGAGAAACUCGGCAGAACGUGAUACGACUCUCGAACAGGCCAAAGCUCUUCAGGCCUGUGGCUUGGAUGAGUCUAUCAUGCACCAGUGCCAAAAGACGUCUUUUAAACCCAUAGUACAUUGCGAAAUCUUGUUAUUGCAAUUUCUCGGUCGAGAAUAUGGCCGAGAUCGCCAUCACAUCCCGUUCUUCGACGAUGUGAGAUAUAUAGGCUGCAGUAAACCCACCUGCCGGCUGUGCGAAUAUUACUUCGCUGCUCAUAAUACGGACAUCCAAGUUCGGCCCGGACACAAGAAUGUCUACUCAAAUUGGACUAUCCCAAAUCUUUUUGCCAACGACUUGGCUGAAGCGAACGAGAGAGACGACCUGCUCGACAAGGUCAUCAGCAAGAUUAGAGAGGAUGCACUUCGCGCUUUAAGAGAGAAAAUAUCCGAUGGCAAGAGAUUUGACUCAGACACUCACUCUUCUUACCCAACACAUCAGUCGCUGGAAACCAAUGAUCGGCCAAACACGGAUGGGCUAGCGUCCGCAUUGGGAGACCUAACUCUCGUGAACCCAGCCGACAUGGACGAUUUUCAAUCCUUAUCAGAAGAAGCCCGGAGCAUCUACUCAGAAGCAGAGGAACAAGAGACAGAUGAAGACGAUUGGGCAGGCUAUGGCCAUGCUGAACAUUCUGGUGGCGUGUCUCUCCAGGGUUGA